UUGUGCGUGCGGAUUGAACCCUUUUCUAAGAGCAUGGCGGCGGCGGCGGCGGCUGCAGGAGCUUCCACCCACCACGGCGGCGCCGAGAGAAGGCACCAUCAGUGUGGCGGUAGCGGGGACGCAUAUCGAGAGCGGCUGGACGAUGACGGAGUUCGGACCCUCACUUCGGCGGAGCAGACAAAAGUGGAGGAUAUUGUUCAAGAAGUUUUUGAUGUUUACAAGAGAAAUCAUCAUGACACCCAGUAUGUUUUGCAACAAGAAAAACAUUUCCAUUACCUGAAGAGAGGACUCAGGCAAUUGACAGAUGCCUAUGAGUGUCUGGAUGCCAGCCGCCCAUGGCUGUGCUAUUGGAUCCUGCACAGCCUGGAACUCUUGGGGGAACCAAUCCCAGAUUCAGUAGCAUCAGAUGUGUGCCAAUUCCUGAGCCGCUGUCAGAGCCCAAACGGAGGCUUUGGAGGAGGACCAGGCCAACACCCACAUCUUGCUCCAACGUAUGCAGCUGUGAAUGCACUAUGUAUUAUUGGCACCGAAGAGGCAUACAAUGUUAUCAACAGAGAGAAGCUUCUGGAAUACCUGCAUUCUCUGAAGCAGCCUGAUGGCUCCUUUAUCAUGCACCUAGGGGGAGAAGUUGAUGUCCGGAGUGCCUAUUGUGCUGCAUCUGUAGCUUCCCUUACCAACAUUAUUACACAGUCUCUUUUUGAAAAAACUGCAGAAUGGAUUGCAAGAUGUCAGAAUUGGGAGGGCGGGAUCGGUGGCAUCCCCGGGAUGGAAGCCCAUGGAGGAUAUACGUUUUGUGGACUGGCAGCCUUGGUCAUUCUCAAAAAUGAACAAGUCUUGAAUUUGAAAAGUUUAUUACACUGGGUUACAAGCCGUCAGAUGCGUUUUGAAGGAGGGUUUCAGGGUCGUUGUAAUAAGCUGGUGGAUGGCUGCUACUCAUUCUGGCAGGCCGGUUUACUGCCUCUCGUACAUCGAGCUUUGCAUGCCAAAGGUGAUCCUGCUCUCAGUAUGACACACUGGAUGUUUGACCAACAAGCCCUUCAAGAGUACAUCUUGUUGUGUUGCCAAUGUCCCGCAGGAGGUCUUUUGGACAAGCCAGGAAAGUCUCGAGAUUUUUACCAUACAUGCUACUGCCUGAGUGGGUUAUCGAUAGCACAGCAUUUUGGCAGUGGAGAUCUUUUACAUGAAGUUGUGCUAGGAGUGCCAGAGAACCGUCUGCAGCCAACGCAUCCUGUCUACAACAUCUCCCCUGGCAAAGUGAUGCAAGCUGUGAUACACUUCCUGAAAAAGCCAAUUCCAAGCAGAGAAGAGACUUUUACUAACUGAGCCUUUCCGCUGCCCUUAGAGAGACUCUGCCGUGUACUGUUCUGAUGUUCGGUGCAUAACGCUGCAUACCGUCUUGGCUGAUGUGGGAUUGAGCCAUGAAGCUAACUUCCUUGGGCUCUAGUGUGUGUGUGUGUGUGUGUGUGUGUGUCUUUUGAGAGAGCUUUGCUAGCCAUACCAAAAAUAUACCAGUUUUUAGAAUGGAAUAGCUGAUUGGCUGUGUGAUAGUGUAUGGUUGAUCAUGCUAGGUGCUCACUUAUGCAGGAAGGCCUCUCAUUAAGGAGCAGCUUUGUUUUUCAAACAAUGCAGCAUGUUGUUAUCGUAAGCAUCUGGCAAAGCAGCUCUGUUGUUUCAUUUGCACUAUGCUAAGCAUCAUGGAGGUGGGAAGUAGGGGUGUGUGUGUGGGUGUACAGCGUCAUCAUCAGCUGCAUACUGGCUUGGCCAGAGAUGGUACAUUGAUCUCCUACUCUGGCAGUUUCUUUAUCUGGCUAUUUACAUUCCCUGAGGAAUUCUAAACAUUUCUAGCCAGAAAAUGAGUUUCGCAGUUAUUGGAUACAUCAGGAGAAAGAAAACCAAGCAAGAUGGUAUGUGCAUAUCCUCACUAUGUAGUUCUAUAUCACAUGUUGGGGCACACUGGGAAACCGUGGUCUUGAACAUUGGUAAUAAAAGGUCUCUUUCUGCCUAGAGCAAAAAGACUCAGAUAGGAAUGCUUGGUGCAAGACUUUAUUUUCCUUUUUAAUUGCUUGUCCAGGGAUGGGAUUGAUAAUACAAUGAUGUUUAUGCAUUUUAUAAGAUAGAUAGAUAGAUAGAUAGAUACAUAGAUACAUAGAUAGAUAGAUACAUAGAUAGAUAGAUAGAUACAUACAUACAUACAUACAUACAUACAUACACAGUACAUUCAGAAAGUAUUCAGACCCCCCUCACUUUUGUCAAUUUUGUUAUACUAAAGCUUGAUUCUACAGUUUUUUACAUUCAUUUUUUCCUCAUUAAUCUACACUCAGUACACCAUAAUGACAAAGUAAAAACAGAAUUUUAGAAAUGUCUAUGAAUUUAUUAAAAACAAAAAACUGAAAUAUCACAUUGGCAUACAUAUUCAGACCCUUUGUAACAAUACUUGAAAUUUAGCUCCAGUGUCUUCCAUUUCUCUUGAUAGUUUCUGACAUGUUUCUACACCUAGAUUGGAGUCCACCUGAGGUAAAUUAAAUUGAUUGGAUAUGAUUUGGAAAGGCACACACUUCUCUAUAGAAAGCCUCAUAGCUAACAAUAGGUUCUGUAGCAGAGCAAAAGGAACUACCUGCAGAGCUCAGAGACAGGAUUAUUGCAAGGCACAGAUCUGGGGAAGCCUAUAAUAAAAUUUCUGCUACACUGAAUGUUCCCAAGAGUUCUGUGGCCUCCAAAAUUCUCAGAUGGAAGAACUGGCACAAGCCUGAGUCUUCCAAGAGCUGGUUGCCCAGGCAAACUGAGCAAUCAGGAGAAGGACCUUAGUAAGAGAGGUGGCCUAGAACCUGAUGGUCACUCUGACUGAGCUCCAGAGAUCCUGUGAGGAGAUGGGACAGAGUUCCAGAAGGACAACCAUCACUGCAGCUCUCCACCAAUCUGGACUUUAUGGCAGAGCGGCUAGACAGAAGCCUCUCCUCAAUGCAAAGCACAUGAAAGCCCUCUUGGAGUUUGCAAAAGGUCUGAAGGACUCUCAGACUGUGAGGAAGAAGAUUCUCUGGUCUGAUGAAACCAAGAUUGAACUGUUUGGCCUCAAUUCUAAACAAUAUGUCUGGAGGAAACCAGGCACUGCUCAUCAUUUGCCCAAUAGCCCGACAGUGAAGCAUGGUGGGAACAUCAUGCUGUGGGGUGUUUUCAGCAGCUGGGAUUGGGAAACUAGUCAAGGAUAAGGGAAAGCUGAAUGGAGCAAAGUAUAGGGAUAUACUCAAUGAACACCUGUUCCACAGUGCUGGGCCGAAGGUUCACUUUCCAACAUGACAAUGAUUCUAAGCACACAGCCAAGAUGACAGGAGUGGCUUAGGGACAGUUCUGUGAAUGUCCUAGAUUGGCCCAGCCAGAGCCCUGACUUGAACCCUAUUGAACAUCUCUGGAGGGACCUGAAAAUGGCUGUCCACUGAUGGUCGCCAUCCAACCUGACUCAGCUUGAGAGGAUUUGCAAAGAAGAAUGGCAGAACAUUCCCCAAUCCAAGUGUGCAAAGCUUGUUGUGUCAUACCCAAAAAGACUUGAGGCUGUAAUUUCUGCUAAGAUGCUUCAACAAAGUACUGAGUGAAGGGUCUAUAUAUUUAUGCCAAUGUGAUAUUUCAGUUUUUCCUUUUAGUAAAUUUACAAACAUUUCUAAAAUUCUGUUUUCACUUUGUCAUUGUGGGGUACUGACUAGAUUAAUGAGAAAAAAAUGAAUAUCAACAAUGUAGAAUCAGGCUGCAGCAUAACAAAAUUGAUAAAAAUGAAGGGAGUCUGAAUACUUUCUAAAUGCACUGCAUAUACAUUAAUCCCUUUCUUAUUACUUGUACAGUUGUGACUGUUAAUAAAAUUCUUCACAGUAAAUGUGUUUUAAUUCAGAAGGCUGCCUGAAAGCCCUUUUAGUGCUGGGCUAUACAUUAAGAAAUAUAAUUACAUUUAGUCUUCUUGGGAUUAUAUUUUUGUUCUGCAUGGUAGGAACAGGCGAAUAUUCCACCUAUAUUAAAAUAUCAUCUCGUAUGUCAUUGGAACUUUCAGUCAACUUUGCCGCAUUCUAGGUUAAACUGCAUUAUAUUUUUUUUCUAGUGGCUCCCAUUGGACUUUUGCAAACCUAUUUCCAAAUGAUUAAAAAAUCCUUAAUUCCCAAAAACUUUCAUUAUAAAAUUUUGUUUCUUUAUACGAACAGCAGCGUAUAUGCUGCUGCUGGCUUUAAUGGUUAGAUUAAGCUUAGGUUGGUUUGGUAGAAUUCUGCUUCUCAAGAAGAGCCCUACAGCACAAAUACGUUUUGUAUAAAUAUAACACUAUGGAAGACUGAUGUGAAGGAGCUGAAGCAAGAAGAAUUGUUUUCUGCAACAACCAGUAGAAACCACAUAAAACCGUCUUCUGUUUGGGUGUUCUUUAGGUAUGGACUAUACAUGUCAAUUCAUGGCAUUCUGUGCGAUAGUUGUGCUUGCUAGGACUUUUAAAAAUUCAUCUCUACAUCUAGAAGGCACUUAGGUAAAGGAAAGUUGAUCUACAUUUGGAUGGACAGAAUCCUAUGGUUUCUCUAAUGUUGGAAUUGCAAUAAAUGAAAGGUGAAAAAGA